GGGUUAGGGUUAGGGCUAGGGUUUUGAGGUGGGCAAUGGGGACGCUCCAGAGCUGGCGCAAGGCCUACGGCGCCAUCAAGGACUCCACCACCGUCAGCCUCGCCAAGGUCAACAGCGAAUUCAAGGAUCUGGAUAUCGCUGUAGUGAAGGCCACGAACCACGUGGAGCGGCCGCCGAAGGAGCGGCACAUUAGAAAGUUAUUUGCUGCUACCUCAGCCUCCCGUCCACGAACGGAUGUUUCUUAUUGCGUGCACACGCUUGCGAGGAGAUUAGCUAAGACUCAUAACUGGGUGGUUGCUCUUAAAACAUUGAUAGUUAUACACAGGAUAUUGAGAGAGGGUGAUCCGACAUUUAGAGAGGACCUAUUAAACUAUUCACACAAGGGACAUGUUUUGCAGAUAUCCAAUUUCAAGGAUGACUCUAGUCCUCAAGCUUGGGAUUGCUCUGCAUGGGUUCGCACAUAUGCACUAUUCUUGGAGGAACGACUUGAGUGCUUUAGGGUCUUAAAAUAUGAUAUUGAAGCAGAACGAUUAGCGAAACCCACAGAAGGGUCUUCUAAGGGGCAUAGUAGGACAAGGCAUUUAAGUUGUGAGGAUCUUCUAGAACAGCUGCCUGCAUUGCAGCAGUUGCUUUUCCGCCUCGUUGGCUGCCAGCCUGAAGGAGCUGCUUUUGGGAACUAUCUUGUACAAUAUGCACUAGCUCUGGUUUUAAAGGAGAGCUUCAAAAUCUAUUGUGCAAUUAACGAUGGGAUUAUCAAUAUUGUCGAUAUGUUCUUUGACAUGUCAAGACUUGAUGCUAUUAAAGCUCUUGACAUCUACAAAAGAGCUGGCCAUCUGGCAAAAAGUCUUUCUGACUUCUAUGAGUUCUGCAGAGGUUUGGAGCUUGCUAGGAACUUCCAGUUUCCAAUUCUUAAAGAGCCGCCUCCAUCAUUUCUCGCAACGAUGGAAGAAUACAUAAGAGAAGCACCUCGAACCGGCUCUGUAUCAAAUAAGGCCAUUGAAUAUCAGAAGAGUAACUUAGUGACACAGGAAGAAGAAUCAUCUCCUCUUCCUCCUGUAGAGAGUAUAAAAGAACCUACAAUUGAAGAUGAAAAACCUACACUUGUUGAGCCCGAAGAACAACCACAGCCUACUACUACAGUUGAGAUUGCAGCUCAAACUGCAACAACAGCUGAUCUGUUGGGUUUGGACGAAAUAAACCCUGUUGCUGCUGAACUUGAAGAAAGUAAUGCACUGGCUCUGGCUAUCAUUCCAUCAGGGGACAGUUCCAAAGCAGCUAGUACCAGUGGCUUUUUUGGUGGUGCAACUGAUUCUUCUGGUUGGGAAUUAGCUUUAGUGUCGUCAGCAAGUAACAACAAUAACCAAUUGACUGAGAGCAAACUGGCUGGUGGCUUCGAUAAGCUUCUGCUUGAUAGCUUAUACGACGAUGGUGCAAGAAGACAACAAACCACAGCAACAUAUGGUGGCCCGGCCGCCACCAAUCCUUUCGAGCCGCACGACCCGUUCGCGAUGUCCAAUAGCAUUGCACCUCCGACCAACGUACAGAUGUCUAUGAUGGCUCAACAGCAACAUGACAUGACGAUGACGAUGAACAUGACGCCGCAUCCUUAUCAUCAACCUAACUACCCUCAACAUCCCCAGGCCGUUGCACCGGCCAAUCCGUUCAGCGAUCCAUUCACAGGGUUUUCACCCCAGAGCGGCGCUCCUCCUCUCCAAGGCACUUCUAGUUUGAUCUGACAUUAAAACAAUUUUAAAUUUCUUUUUUUAAAUAAGACAUACUCUAAUUCUUUCCUUUGUUUGUCUAUAAAUGCACAUCCUUUUCUCAUCUCGAAAUAGGUAAAUUGUGAAGUGAACUUUUAGAUUAUUUUGGGUUGUGGGUUUAUGAAUGCCUCUCUCUUGCAUACAAUUUGUUUGUCCUUAGAGAUGCUGGUGACCGGGCAAUGAGACGCGCAAUAAAUUCUUGUUUUUUGCCGUG